AUGGCUCAGCUUUUUGGUGAAGAGGCUGUGGCUGAAGUUUUUUCGGCGCAUAAUGGAAUUUUGCUUCCAAAUCAGGUUGAGAUAGCCCUUGAUCUAGGGGUGAUUGCUAUCGUGCCAGAUGUUCCGGAUGAUGCGGGGGAGGACGCUUGGAGUGUUUGGGAAGCGAGCAUCCAACGGGAGUACCGCUGGAAAAUCAUCGACCGCAAUGCAAGGGAUGUCCUGGAGAAGAACUUUGUCGAGGGCAAGGACGCAGCCGACUUCAUGCUUGUCGAGGAGUUGGACGGAAAAAAACUUCUUUUCCGUCCUACGUCUACCCAUCGCCCGAGAGCAAGAUACCUGUAUUUUGUUUACGUCUGCGCAAUCUUGAAGAAGGCCUGGGCGCAUAAGAAUAGGCGCGACCCGUCGGCGGUUCUCAAGGACCAAAUCGGCAAGAGGAUGUGGGCCAUCAAAGUCAGGUACCUGCACAAGGCCAUGUUGGUUGCGAUGGCUGAGGAAGCAGGUCAUCGUCUUGAUGACAAAUGGCACUCUCCGAAUGCGGACAGUGAAAUUGACGAACAGGCAAUUGUCCUAAUGGCCAUUGCCCAACACAUUGCCAUGCAGGAGACACGCCAAAGAGAUAACGAUGCCGCCGAUGACGAGACUUACGAGACGGCGUACCAGAAGAGCGAGGAUGAAACCUGUGAGAACGAAAGUCAACAGGACCCGGAAGAAAACGAAUAA